UGAAGCAGGAAGGCAUGUCUGUUUCUAGCUGGGAGACGUAUUCAUUGAAGUAUCAAUAGUUUGCGAGGACAAGAAAAUUUACAUUUAUUAUUCACAAUGCCAACAUCCGGAUUAUUGUAAAGCUGAAAUAACUGUUGCGAUUGCUUCGUUUUACCCUUUAAAAAUGAAUACGUUGUUUGCGAUUAUUUUGGUGUUUGUUGGCUGCUGCAGUAAUGUUGUGUUUUUGGAACUUUUGGUUAGGGAUUUCCCAGGAUGUGGAAAUAUUGUCACAUUUGCCCAGUUUGCCUUCAUUGCACUGGAGGGGUUCAUCUUUGAGGCAAACUUUGGACGCAAAAAGCCACACAUACCCCUCAGUAACUAUGUGAUCAUGGUGACGAUGUUCUUUACCAUCAGCGUGAUCAAUAACUACGCCCUGAACUUUAACAUCGCCAUGCCGCUGCAUAUGAUCUUCAGAUCAGGAUCUUUAAUAGCAAACAUGAUUCUCGGUAUUGUCAUCUUGAAGAAAAGAUAUUCGAUGAGUAAAUAUCUCUCCAUCGUGCUGGUGUCUGUGGGCAUUUUCAUCUGCACUAUUAUGUCGGCCAAACAAGUGAAUGUUGAGAAAGGGGCGAAGGAGGAAGAUGGUGUUUAUGCCUUCAUGCAUUGGCUUCUGGGUAUCGCCAUGCUGACGUUCGCCUUGCUGAUGUCUGCGAGAAUGGGCAUUUUCCAAGAAACUCUGUACAAGAAGUAUGGAAAACACUCCAAGGAGGCUCUGUUCUACAAUCACUGUCUGCCACUACCAGGGUUCCUCCUGCUGUCAACGGACAUCUACAAACACGCCGUGCUCUUCAGCCAGAGCUCUCCAGUGGAAAUCCCUGUGAUUGGUCAGUCUAUGCCAGUCAUGUGGUUUUACCUGCUGAUGAACGUCAUCACCCAAUACGUGUGCAUCCGCGGUGUCUUUAUUCUGACCACAGAGUGCGCGUCGCUCACGGUCACACUGGUGGUGACGCUGCGCAAAUUUCUGAGCCUCAUUAUUUCCAUCCUGUACUUCCGUAAUCCCUUCACAGCCUGGCAUUGGGUGGGAACAGCUGUGGUCUUCCUGGGAACGCUGCUCUACACAGAAGUGUGGUCCAGCGUUCGUGCGGCAGUGAAAGGAGAGAAAGCCGACAAGAAGGCAGAGUAAACUGUACAGGAAUUGUAAUACCUCUGUAGUUCUGUGCGAGUGUGUUUUGUUAGUCACUUUUCAUUGGUUUACUGUGAAUGGAUGAGCUCUUGAAGUAUGUUUGGGACAAUUAUAUGAGCUGUUUUUGAGCUAGAUGUGUGUGUAGAGCAUUUGUCUGUAAGCUUGCACAAUCCAUGACCUGUUUCAGAUCUGUUUUUGCAGAAAAAGAUACUCCUUUUGUUCCUGCCACCAUAUUUACUUAAGGAAAAUCACAUAGAUCUACUUCAUCACACAUUGCGACUGACAUAAUGGUCAAUUCAGGACUUACAGCUAACUUAGUAUGUAUUAAUGUUCACAACAAGUUAGUGAUAUUUAUUUAUUUUCCAAUUUUUAAUCACAGCCAGUAUUGGUAAGUCAGUAAAUAUGUCAGCCCACUUACAUGUGUGAAAUAAUAAAGUAAAUACAACUACAAAAGGUAAUGCAAAACUUUUAUGUAAUAAUUUUAAGUUGUAGUCAUAAUAUCAGUUUUGACAUUUUGUAGUCACCUUACAGAUGAGUAUCAGGGUGAGCUAAAGCAAUACUGUAGAAAACACAACUGCCAGGACUGUAGGUGUUAUGUUCAUGAGGCUGCAAUUUGUGAUUUUGCAUGGAUUUGUGUAAGAAAUGUUGUUUUUUAUCAGCUAACUCAGAUACCUCAUAAACUACAGGAAAUCUUU